CCCUAUACACACCCAAGCAAUUUGGUGUCUGUGUUUCAGUUUGUUUAACCCAAACACAAACAAACACAUCAUCACCACAAAUUGCUUGAGUCCACAAAUUUGCAAGUUAAGCUUGUCCGAAAAUCAUCAAUACAGAGUACAGUAGUCCCUCUAAAUACCAGAAUGACUCAUCGCGGAGCUUCCUAUUCGGAGUUCUUUGUAAAAACCCCUACCAGUCGAGCCACCGAACUGCGGGCCCAAAAGGUGGCCAAUGAACUGGUGAUGAAAAACAAAGAGGUGCGUGAGAAAUUGUUGAAUAAUAGGGUGCCCACAUAUGCGGAAUUGCGAAAGAUAAUGCGAUCGGCGGGCAGACAGGCGGACUUAAAUCCUGUAACUUACAAAAGCAUGAUGGAGUUGCGGAAAUCACAAAUCGAUCAUAGACGCCUUAAGAGUAUCAAAUCCUCGGGCGAUUCUUUUGGCUAUCAGGCUCGCAUCCUAAAUCGCAGCCAAUUAACUAGUGAGUUUGGCCAGAAACAGGAUAUCUUUCGCAAAAAUCUCGAGCUCCUUGGACGGAUCAACAGGACCAAUCGACUGAAGGGCUGUGUUGAUUGCUUCAACCGCCAUUUUCCCGCCCUUCAGCCGAAUCGCACGAAGAUCCGUGAACUUGCUGAACGUCUGAACCAGGAAAACAGACAACUCGGUUGUCGCCUUUCACAAGUCAAGUCCAAGGUGGACCAUCACAAUCCUUACGUUGCGCCCGUAAAACCCCUUGAGCAAAAGGCCCCUGAGCAGACGGUAAAUGCCUUCCUACCUUAUAUGCCAUCCCCGCGAUUGGGAAAGCGAACUGCCCAUAUCCUGCUGCGUCCCAUAAUAUAUUUCGAUUUGGCGGUGCGGGAGAAUAACCAGUUCUUGGGCCGACUGCUUUUACAACUUUACACGGAACUCAGUCCUGAAGUGGUGUUGCAAUUUGUACGAAUGGCCACUCACAACGAUGUGGGAUGUCAUCGGUUUGUGCGAAUAUUUUCGAAUCUCUGGAUGGAGGGAGAACUGGUGCCGCAGGGCAACGAUCCUUUGCGCAAUCACCACAGCGUAAAGCAUUCCUUCCUGGAUCCCAGCAAGUUGACCGGGGUGAUCUCGUAUCCCUGGGACUAUCGCCGACACUUUCCCCAGGGCCUCCUCAGCUACACCAUCAGCUUUAAGCCCUCGGUGGUUCCAUGGCAGCGGGUCAUCUUUGGAAGGGUUUGUGGGGGCCUCAGGGUCCUCCAGAACUGCCACGAAUUCGGUACCAAAAAUGGCAAGACCAAGAAAACUGUGUGUGUCACGCGGUGUGGCCUGCUCUAGUGAGAGAAGUACCCAGCUCAUUAUGCACCUGCAUUAACAUAAGUCCAACGAAGGGUUUGGGUAACUAAAUUGUAGCACACCCUAGUGGUCCAAUGCAGCAGAAUGUUUUUUGCUCCAACAAAAUGCAAAUAAAAUUAUGAAGUAA